AUGGAGAUGUCUCUGAACAACUCUCCUUAUCACCCCCCUCUGUCCUCUUUCUUGUCUCGACAGUCCCUGCACGAGGAAGCGCCCUCUCGGCCAGACACCGCCUCUUCGCGCCCGCGUGAUCGACACUCAAGAGGGCAACUGCCUGAGGGCCACCCAUCAGACGAAACUCACCAACCCCCAGAAACAAUUACCUCACCCUGCAAAGAUGCAUUUUUGGAUGAAACCGAAGCCCACCCCGAAGAAGGCAAAGAACAACCUCCGUCUCACCCCGCAUUCCAGCCGUUCUUCACCUUGAUCGAAGACGCCCAUAGCUCGGACUACCAUCACCCAACGGUUCACUACAUAUUCUCUGACGAUGACACCGACAUCGUGACAGAGGCAGCCCUACGUAGUUUGGCCACGCAGCAAGAAGCUCUCUCCGAUUCCAAGAAAGACCAGAUCGCGCAGACCCAAGCAUCCAAUCUCCAGGACGAGACCAAAGACCCCUCCAACCCGGACCUAGCCAAGAGCACUCUACUCCCACCACCCGUUCCAGGCGUCAGGGAGAAUUAUGUCAUCCUUGACAUAGAGCCCUCACCACGCACACCUGAGGCAGCGCAAACCAGUCCGGUAACAGAACAAGUAGCACCAGGCAAAGGCGGGGGAGGCACCAGGUCCAUAUCCUCGUCGCCGGCGAACGCUCCCACAGUACCACGGGAUCAGGGACACCCACACCCGCAGUAUCGCGUGACAGCGGCGCAGAGUUUCUCAUCAACAUGGCAGGUCCUCAACACGGAAGUGGUGCCGGCACCCACUUUUGAGAAUAGUAAUCCUGGCGAGUCACCAGGACAUGGGUUGAUGCUGAAGAUCCGUGGCACAGGUGGCCUGCCGAUUAAGGUGAGCGGAAAGGAUAAGGAGGGUACACUUGAGGAGAUGAUGGACCAGUUUGCGAGGCGGAUGAGCGAGUUGCAGGUUGUUAUCGACUCUGCAGAGGCAGCGGACUCGAAGGGAGAACACGAUGAGGAAGAACUCGUGCAGCAUCCCUUUUCUCCAAACACAGCUGAAGAGACUAUCCAUGCCGAGGGGGAUAGUGCGGCAUAUGCCGCAGAUGCUGAAGGGGAACAUUCUUGA